GGUGGCUUAUGGGGGUCUUCAAGUAGUUCCCGAGCCAGCGGGCAUCAACGGCCCAACAAGUGCCCUUCGCUCUUGGUCGGAUCUGUGUCGCUAAGAUGAGCACCUACCAUUCCUCUCCUUUUGACCCUGAGCGUCGAGUCCGGAGCACGUUGAAGAAGGUCUUCAAGUUUGACUCUUUUAAGACGCCUUUACAGGAGAGGGCGACCAUGGCUGUAGUGAAAGGUGACAAGGAUGUCUUUGUGUGCAUGCCCACAGGGGCAGGAAAAUCCCUCUGCUAUCAACUCCCUGCUCUGUUGGCCAAAGGCAUCACCAUUGUAGUCUCUCCUCUCAUUGCUUUGAUUCAGGACCAGGUGGACCACUUGCUGGCCCUGAAGGUACGAGUGAGUUCCCUGAACUCGAAACUCUCAGCCCAGGAGAAGAAGGAGCUGCUCUCUGACCUAGAGCAAGAAAAGCCCCGGACUAAACUUCUGUACAUCACGCCAGAAAUGGCGGCUUCCGCCUCCUUCCAGCCCACCCUGAACUCCCUGGUGUCCCGCCACUUGCUCUCCUACCUGGUGGUGGAUGAAGCUCAUUGUGUUUCCCAGUGGGGGCAUGACUUUCGGCCUGACUACUUGCGUCUGGGUGCCCUGCGCUCCCGCCUGGCUCAUGCUCCGUGUGUGGCUUUGACCGCCACAGCCACCCCGCAGGUCCAAGAGGAUGUGUUUGCUGCUCUGCACCUGAAGCAACCAGUUGCCAUCUUCAAGACUCCCUGCUUCCGGGCCAACCUCUUCUAUGAUGUGCAGUUCAAAGAACUACUUUCUGAUCCCUACAGAAACCUUAAGGACUUCUGCCUUAAGGCUCUUGGACAGAAGGCUGAUAAAGGGCUGUUGUCUGGCUGCGGCAUUGUCUACUGCAGGACCAGAGAGGCUUGUGAACAGCUGGCAAUAGAGCUCAGUCACAGGGGAUUGAACGCCAAGGCUUAUCACGCAGGUCUGAAAGCUUCUGAAAGAACACUGGUGCAGAAUGAGUGGAUGGAGGAGAAGGUCCCCGUCAUUGUGGCAACCAUAAGUUUUGGGAUGGGAGUGGACAAAGCCAACGUCAGGUUUGUCGUCCACUGGAAUAUUGCCAAGUCUAUGGCUGGGUACUACCAAGAGUCUGGCCGGGCAGGCAGGGACGGGAAGCCUUCCUGGUGCCGUCUCUAUUACUCCAGGCACGACCGGGACCAAGUCAGCUUCCUGAUCAAGAAGGAAGUGGCAAAACUCCAGGAAAAGAGAGGGAACAAAGCAUCUGAUAAAGCUGCUCUCCUGGCCUUUGAAGCCUUGGUGACCUUCUGUGAAGACUUAGGGUGCCGCCAUGCUGCCAUUGCCAAGUACUUCGGAGAUGCGCCCCCUGCCUGCACCAAAGGCUGUGACCACUGCCAGAACCCUGCGGCUGUGCGGAAGCAGCUGGAUGCCUUGGAACACAGAGGCAGCUGGAGCAAGACCUGCAUCAGACCCUCCCAGGGAAAUGGCUUCGACCCUGAGCUGUAUGAGGGAGGCCGCAAGGGCUAUGGGGGCUUCAGCAGGUGUGAUGAAGGUUCGGGAGGCAGCGGAGACGAGGGCAGAGACGAGGCCCACAAGCGGGAAUGGAACCGCUUCUACCAGAGACAGAUGAGUCUGCGCAAGGGCAAAGACCCCAAGAUAGAAGAAUUUGUUCCCCCAGAUGAGGACUGUCCCUUGAAAGAGGCUUCUAGCAGGAAGAUCCCCAGGCUCACUGUGAAGGCCCGUGAGCACUGCCUGGGGCUUCUGGAGGAGGCUCUGAGCAGUAACCGCCAGGCCACAGGCAGCACAGACGGACUUGACCUCCAGGCCAGGGCUGUGGAGCUAGAACACGAGACAUUCCAAAAUGCCAAGGCAGCCAACCUGUACAAGGCCAGCGUGCUGAAGAAGGUGGCUGAGAUCCACAGAGCCUCCAAGGACGGGCAGCUCUACGACAUGGGCGGCGGUGCCAAGAGCUGCAGAGCCCAGGCUGAGCCGCCAGCGCCCACCGAGUACGACAUCCGGCCAGCCUCCCAGGUGUACUCGGUGAGCGGGGUCCUGGCGUCCACCCCAAACCUGGGUCUGAGAAAGGCGCCGCUUCCCUUUGCCCUCAGCUGGGGCACAGCAUCUUCCCCUCUCCUGGCAUCACAGUCCUGGCCCGAGGGUGCCCUGGGGCAGGCCCUCGAGCUUCCCCGCCUUGCCAGUUAUGCUCUCCGGCCCCCAGCUCUUCUCAUCAGCCUGACCCCCAAGCGAUGUUGGGCCUGGCUUUUCCCUGCCUUCCUCCUAAGAGCCCCACCAGCACGGCCAUAUCUGGACUAGCCAGUGAGUGCCUUCGAGGGAGC